CUGCGCAAGCGCGUUUUACACUUGGAACCGCGUGGAGGUCUAGAGCGACACGGGCUCUCCAAGGAGAGCAGGAAAGUUCUUAAUCUGAAAUAGAAAAACAAAUAAAAAAUGCUUGUUCUGUUCGAAACCGCGGCAGGCUAUGCCAUAUUCAAAGUACUGGACGAGCAAAAACUCCAGGAGGUUGACAGCCUGUGGAAGGAGUUUGAAACUCCAGAAAAGGCUAACAAAAUGGUGAAAUUGAAACACUUCGAGAAGUUUCAGGACACUACUGAAGCUUUAGCAGCGGCCACGGCUCUGACCGAGGGGAAGAUUGGGAAGAGCCUGAAGAAGGUGCUGAAGAAGGUUGUGGCCAAAGAGGCCCACGAGCAGCUGGCCAUCACCGACGCAAAACUGGGCGGCGCCAUCAAGGAGAAGCUGAACCUGAACUGUGUGCACAGCCCAGCUGUGGCUGAGCUCAUGAGGGGGAUCCGCAACCAGAUGGAGGGACUCAUAACUGGGCUGCCCCCCAGAGAGAUUAGCGCCAUGUCCCUCGGUCUCGCCCACAGUCUGUCCCGCUACAAGCUGAAGUUCAGCCCUGACAAGGUGGACACCAUGAUUGUUCAGGCCAUCUCGCUCCUGGAUGACCUGGAUAAGGAGUUGAAUAACUACAUCAUGCGCUGCAGAGAGUGGUAUGGCUGGCACUUCCCCGAGCUUGGCAAGAUCAUCACUGACAAUCUGGCCUACUGCAAGAGUGUUCGUAAGAUUGGUGCCCGCACCAAUGUGGCGACCACAGAUCUCUCGGACAUCCUUCCAGAGGAGGUGGAGGCUGAGGUCAAGUUGGCUGCUGAGAUCUCCAUGGGAACAGAAGUGUCCGAGGAGGACAUCCUGAACGUCAGGCAUCUAUGUGACCAGGUGAUUGAGAUCUCAGAGUACCGCACACAGCUUUACGACUACCUGAAGAACCGCAUGAUGGCCAUCGCCCCCAACCUCACGGUCAUGGUGGGAGAGUUGGUUGGAGCCCGCCUCAUUUCCCACGCAGGUUCCCUGCUGAACCUGGCUAAGCACCCGGCCUCCACCGUGCAGAUUUUGGGGGCCGAGAAGGCUCUCUUCAGAGCUCUGAAGACCCGCAGAGACACGCCCAAAUAUGGUCUCAUCUACCACGCCUCCCUCGUGGGACAGUCAAAUGCCAAAAUCAAGGGCAAGAUCUCCAGGUCAUUGGCAGCUAAGACUGCGUUGGCUAUCCGCUACGAUGCCCUGGGCGAAGACACAGACGCAACGAUGGGCCUGGAGAAUCGCGCCAAGCUGGAAGCUCGACUACGCCAACUAGAGGAAAGGGGUAUCCGGCGGAUCAGUGGAACAGGCAAAGCUCUGGCUAAGGCAGACAAAUACCAGCACAAGAGUGACGUGAAGGUGUACGACCCAUCAGGUGACUCCACGCUCCCCACCACCUCUAAGAAGAGGAAGAUCGAGGAAGUGGAACCGGCAGAGGAAGAGGAGGAGCAACCCGUGCAGUCCAAACCCAAGAAAAUAAAGAAGGAGAAAGGUGUCGCCGCAGCUGCAGAAGCAGAGCCCCCUGCCGAAGCCGAAGAAGCGGAGACGAGCGAGCCCAAGAAGAAGAAAAAGAAGAAGCACAAGGCAGAGGCAGAGGAGCCGAAGCCAGAAGAGGAGGAGGUCGUAGUCAGUCCGCCAGAACAGACGACUGAAAAGAAGAAGAAAAAGAAAAAGAAGGCUAAAGAAACAGAGGGAGAGUGAAAGAAGAGAUGAAACAAAUGACUCAAUGGUUGUUUUUCCCCCUUUUUUUAAUGACUUAUGUUUGUGGAACUGAAAAACAGAAUGUGUUUCUUUUUAUAAACUGAACAAUGUCAGCGAUUCAUUGAGUAUUUCUAAAUACUGUGUUAAUUUAAAAAAAAAUGCAGUUGUCCAUAUGGUCUGUCCAUAUAAGGAACAAUUCCUGGUCUUGUUUUAAAAAGGACUAGAGACCGGAUAAUUAUGUUCAUCAUACUACAUCAGUAUGCUAUUUUUUUCUUAACAUAAGUGCAUAGAAUCCACAAUGUCACAAUUUUUUUCUGCGUCAGCCCCUACAGAUGAGUCAUUUUUUUUGUAUAGGUGUCUGUCUAUAUGUUAUAUUGGUUGUCGAGCGAUUGCUUCAUGAUAAUGUGAAGAGAAAUGUGUUUGAGUUGGUUGUCCUUUAUAAAGCUGUAAGAUGGGUGCCAGGUGACUGGGAGUGGACCCUGUUGAGACCUGGGCAAUAAAUUACUAUUUCUUUAUCA